AUUCUUAUUUCUUAUACUUUUGAGUCAAACUAUAUCAACAUGGCUGGUCUCUUUCUGUGACAUAUUUUAAAUAAAUAUUUAAUUGAAUCUUGCAUCCCAAAAAAAAAUUGACACAGUUUGAUUCAAAAGUUCUAAGCUGUUCUGUUAUUAAAAUAUAAUAUUUGUUAAAAUAAUUAUAGACAAUUGAGUGAAUACGACGAUUUUAAUGAGCAAUAAAAACGAGCAAAAUGGCCGCCAGCCACCUCUUCCAGGGCAGCCACCGACUUCGCUAGACCACGAAGUGAACAAUGAAAAUGUACCCACUUCUACUAAUGAUAAAAUGGAAAUAUGCCGCAAUUUUGUUUGGGGCAGCUGCAAUAAAAAUACCCAAUGCAAAUUUCGUCACGAACUUGACUUCGAGGAAAUGAAGAAAAUCUUAAAAUUUUGUCACGACUAUCAGAAUCCUCCCGGCUGUACUAGAGAACAUUGCACAUAUCUACAUACAACGAAAGAAGAAGAAAGUUUAUUCUUUGCCACGGGGCAGCUUCCUCGUGUUCUUGCAGAAAGACAUUCAAAUAUGUCGGCUGCUGCAGCUGAAACUAUACCGCAAAUAGCUCUUUUCAUACAGGAGUCCUUCGUUGGGCCUCCGCCACCUCCGCCACCUCCACCUGCCCCCGCUCCAGUAGUUGCUCCAACACCCGUAGCUCCAGCACCUCUUCCAACAGCCAGACAGGCACCUCCUAUGCUGCCUAUGCAACAAUUGCCGCCUCCGCCGCCACCGCCACCUGUGUCAACUGCGGUGCCCAUUCAACAGCAUGCAACUGUGUUCCAAGCACCACCAGCAGUGCAGGUUAAUACUCCGGCAUAUGCUAUGAAUACACCGCCACCACCUAUGCUUCUAAUGUUUGACGCAAGCAGACCACCACCACCGAUACCCAGCCAUGCUCCUACAAAAAAGAAUGUAAUAAAAAGACCAUCUCCUACUAAUUUUGAUGCCCAACCGAAGAAAAGGAAGGUGGAAGAGGCGAAAGUCGCGGAUGCUCACUGCGAUCAGUGCGUGCAGCGGGAUAUCAGAGUGGAAAGUUGUAAACAAGAAAUGGACAAGUUGUGUAGUGAAGAGGAAUAUAAUACCUUGAUCUACAAAAAGAAGUUGGAGGAAUACCAAAAUCGUAAAGAAUUGUUGCGGUCAUUAGUUAGUAAUGAUCUCUUCAGACUCAUCGAAGAAUAUGUUGAAGGUGUACCACAACUCCAAGUUCACGACGUUCUAACACAGCUGAACCAAACACCGUUUGUUUCUGGGACAUCUAGUGUACCGAAACAGUUUUUACUGCAAUUAAUGGAGUAUGUUCUAGAAAACUCAAGGGUUGACGCAGUUCCUUCGUCUACUCUGCGUCUAGAUGAGUCCUUACUGCAAAGUUUGUCCAGGAGGACAAAUUCUGUCGGACUUUCAUCUCCAGAUGUCUUACAAACGUUUAUGGAAAUCCUUAGACAGUCAAACGCUCCUGAACGUGUCCAAGCGACCGAAGUGUCCGGAACUAUACCGAGAUGCAGUACAUUGACUACCAGUACCAGCACGAAUGGCCUACAACGCUUCUCAAACGGGCAGAGUCGGGAGACACAAGUGAACCGAAUGGCGCCUCCGCCGCCGCAAGUAGCUCCUCCCCCGCCGCCGCCCUACCACCACUAUCCGGCGCCGCCGUCUAGGCUGUAUUAUCCUCCGCCAUUUCCCGUUCCACCUACGGGAGGUGCGGUCGCCACCAGCCAGCUGACGCGAGCGCCGCCUCCCCCCGCGCCGGCGCCGCCCUCUGCGCCCGCACCUCCCCCCGCGCCCUCUUGCCACUCGUACACUGCGACGAGGUACCCUCCGCCAUUCUACCAGCGUCACCAGUAGCGGAAAGUACUAUGAAGCUAAGGCUAAAACACGAGGUGAACAUGAACUUACUCUAGAUAUACAAGUUUUUUAACCUUACGAAUAUAUCGAUAGUAAUAGCCAAUAGUUGUAAGGGCCAAAACUAGAAUAAGCUCAAAUGUGUUAGAUUUAUUUUAAUUAUAAUUGACAAUGUUUCGAAAAGACUUUCUCCGUACUAACGAGUUUGGACGAUCGGUGCUCCCACUGCUAUCACACUAAACGGGUUGGCUAUUUUAUAUCUCGAUCGUAGAUUCUGAAGCCGGGUACCUGAUUAAUCGUCUUAGAUUAUACGUUUCUAUGAUAAUACUUCGUAGUUUAUAUGAAAAUAAAGAUUAUUUACGUUCAAUAAAAAAUAGCCAACUCCUGGCUCACAAGCCGCAGCAUCGCCUUAGAAUUACUCACAUCGUAAAAAUGACGCUGCUUUUCGUUUGUUAAUAAAUUCAUUUCAUAAUUCGAUCUGUUAUUACUUUUAUAGUAAUUAUAUUUUAAUUAGUAUAUGAAUAUAUUUUUAUACUCUCUCUCUUAAGUAGUACAUUCCUUAGCAAUGACGAAAAUAUUGCGGUGAUUUUUUAAAAUAGAAAUACUAAGAUUUUCUUCAUAUUUAUGAAAAGGGAUUCUAUUCGGUUUUGCUGAGGUUCAUAUCAAUAUAAAUAUACAUAAAAGUGGUUUGGGCAGUGUUCUUGUUUCGAAAUAAUUAUUGUUUCAAUGUAUUGUGUAUUUUGUAUAGUUGUGUUAACGUUUCGUUUGAAAUAGCGUAAUAUUUUUUACAACUUAUAUGCAUUGAUAAAUGCAUUUUUUUUUGUUUACAUUUAUAAAUUAGGUAUUGAUAGCUAUUGUGUUUUAUAUGAAACUGAUAUAAUAUAAAGACAAUUGGACGUGCUGUGUACAAAUAUUCAACCCCUCAAUACUAAUAAAUAUUGUUAAAAAUUAAUAAAUUGACAAACUUUAUGACACGACGAAAAACUAUUUUAUAAUAACAGUAACCCAGUUACAUAAUAUUAUGCAUUUUAAUGAUAUUUAUAUAUUGUGUUUAUUUGGGUUGGAUAAUUUUUGCCCAACACGUGUCAGCGGCGAAUUAUAUAAUUAGCUGGAUUUAUGAAUGCAAGCCAGUUAACAAAUUCACGUGAUUAAUUAUUAUUAACAAUUUUAAAUGGUUUUAUUACAAUCAUAAUGAUUGAUAUGACUGUGACAUUGAAAAUAUACUUUGGUAAUUUAAGAACUAACUGAGUAACAAUUCGUCGUUCCGCCUAAAUUGAGAGAGUGUGCUUAAAACCUGAUAAAUUAAGCGGCGUGAUGUCAUCUAGAACGGUUUAUUAUUUACGGCGGCACUGAAUUGUUAUAAGUCAUGUAGAUUAAAGUUAUAACACAAGUUGUCAUUAAGUGAAAUUAAAGUUCACUUCUGUACUUUAGUCUCAGAAGUUCCGCUGUUUUGUUCACGCCCUGACUACUGAGAUUCAAUUUGUCUCAUUACUAUGUGACGUUGAACCGAAUUAGUUUACUAAAAGGUGUACAGUCCGCAGAGUACAAGAUGUAAACAUAAAAUGCUAUAUGUAAUAAAUAAAAUAAUCAAACAAACUUCUCUGAAAUCAUAGUUUCUAUGUAAAAUCCUAAUAUUUUUUUUUUUGUAAUGUUAACUGCAAUACUGAAUUCAAUUUGCGUUGAGUUAUUCUCGGUCAGCGUAUUCUUUUGCUUUGCGACGCAUGUUAAUACAUCAGGUGUAGAAUCUUAGGAUCUGAGUUGCGUUCACAACGGUGUUUUCGGGCAUUUAAAUGAGUUCUCAUUUCCUGGUUCUUCCAUGUUAAUUACCAUGUGCCAAAACAAAAUAGUGAUAAAAAAUAUAUUUUAGAUUGCGUUUAAAUACACCUAACCUUGUUUAAGUCGAAAAUAAAAUAUAUUUUUUUUUAAUUUUAAUUAUUUUACAUCAACUGAGCCAACCGAACCAACAACAUAAAUCUAAUUACUAACGUGUUUAAAACAGCUGACGAACUCAAUUUCCGAAAAUAAUUUAUUUGGAAUAAUAUUCAAGUUGCAAAAAAAGUAUUCACAACGCUUUCUACCCAUUUAAUUACUAAAUCGCUCUGUACCUGUAUCCUCUAAUGCCUGUUUAUAUUGUAAUAUGAUUUGACAUCUGAAAGAUUAUACCUAUUUUUA